GUACAGUGUGAAGGAGAAUGUGUGUAUAAAUACAGGAGGGAGAAGGGUAAAAACAGAGAGAGAAAGAGUUGUAUAUUGUGUAUAUGGCUAAAGGAAAGAGACAGAGAGAAAGAGAUUUCUGUAGAGGUGCUUUACGGAAAGAUAUAUUGCUAAGAGGGAAGGAAGAGAACAUAAGUGCUUAGAGAAAAUAUGUGAACAGAGUAGACUAAGUGUAAAUAGAGGAAAGAGUGUAUGUGUGUGUGUGUGUGUGAGAGAGAGAGAGAGAGAGAGAGAGAGAAAGAAAGAGAGAGAGAUAGAUAGAGAGAGAGAGAGAGAGAGAGAGAGAGAGAGAGAAAGUCCCACCCUCCCAUGGCUAUAUAAUCAGAGCUCAUCACCUUCACUUUUAAAUGAAAUGGCCAUAAAGCCUUAGAAGGAAACACAGAUCAAAACAGCAGACUGUACAAACAGGCUUAACCUGCCCUUGGUCCACCAUUUGGGUUCUCUUCCUUCAGCACCUUCAACCUAUUUACCCCUCAACCAGCUCCAGUCUUAAGUCUGAUUAAUGAUGAAGAGUGUGUUACUGCCACUGCUGCUGUUAUUGCUGGCUUUCUGCACUUCCAGACUACAGGGAGAACGGAUAAAGAGGAUUGAGCAAUGUGAAUCCCGUUGCUCGCAGGGACUCCGUUGCAAGUUGAAGCCGCACUUGUCAUUUGAGCAAUGCAGGAAACGUCCGAAUGGCAUGACCAGAGACGUGUUCAGGAACACAAGCAUCUCCACAGUGAUGAGGUGUGAAGGGGCUCGACAGUGCUCUCUUUACCUCCGAGUUAGCACUCAUCUACAGUUAAACAAGCACGUCCACGGCGUCUACAUGUGCACAAUCAGUGCAGCAAUGAUGGAACACUGCAGGAUCGUGACCUUCUCUCGCACACAAAAAGAAAAAGUGGUGGGCAAUCAGGUGAACAUUCAGGACGAUUGCCUGGAAGUAGGCAUAGGCCAAGAUGUUCACUUAACCCUCCAAACCUGGCCCCAAUUCUGUGAUGUGUCUUAUUCCAGAUCAUACCAGGUUCCAGACUGCAGCAACAAAGAUCUACAAGGAAACAUCCCAGAGUGCACCACCGGCAAGAUUAACUAUGAGGUGGAUUCGGAGAGGAAAGAGUUGCAUAUAAGUGUGUCAGACAUGCUGGAGGACAGGGAUUACCAUGUUAGACUCUGCCACAAGAAUUACAUCUGCACCGGCACUGGAGCUCACGUACUGUUAAAAAAGGAGAAUCCAGUGAAAAAUGUAACCCUGAAGUACUCCAGACCAGUGCCCUGCUUGUGCAUUGAGGGCUGGUCUGCCAUGGCUGAUGCUUCCCGAAUUCAAGUCUGCCCUUUCAAAAACCGUGUUGAGGAACUCUGGUCUGGGAUAACCUUUGACCCUGUGGAGGAAACGCUGUCAUGGGAAGCUUCAUGCCAAGUUAAUGCUGUCAUUUCACUGUGUGAGAUGCAAGACCAAGGUCUGUGCCAAGACCUCGCCAAUUCUUCACAGAGAUAUGUCAAAGGAAUGGUGUCAUAUUCAACAGUGGAUCCACAUCCCAAGCUUUGCAUGAAGUUCAUCACAGAGAGCGGUGCAUGGAUAAAGUGUCCAUUUUCAGAUGGAAAUUUCCCAGCCUGGGAUGUAAAGGUUUCUAAUGAAGAGGACAUGCCACAGGUGCUUGUGACUUCCCGGGUGAAAACAAGCCUUUCUUUGAGUGUAUGUUCCAACACUGGGGUGUCUGAGUGUGAGGACACACAAACCAUCUUAGUUGAUGUGGAGAAAUUUAAACAUGUGCAACCAAAUCUGGCUUUGGAUCUUUGUACAUCAGGUCUUUGCAUCAAGGCAAAGCGUGUGGAUGUAAAAUAUGGAGUCACUACACUGUAUUGCCAGCCUGCAUGUUCCCUUUUUUCCUCAAAGCCCAAGGACCGUGACAGUAAAUGGCAGAUGAUGUACUUCAUUGUGCCGGCAAUGACACUGACCACAGCUGUAGCCGUUGCUGCGGCAGUGAUGACCAUUGCGAUGCUUGGUUACCAAAUCAAAAGGACAAUAAAGACUCGGGUCAUUGCUCAUUUCCAAGGACCGCACACAGCCUUAUUCUCAACAAUGGCUGAGGAGGUGAACUCAAAAACUGAGCUGAUGUCCACAACAGUACUUGCUGAUGGAAAUAUCUCAGAAAGAUCUGAGAUACAAGACUCUGAGAGGUCCAAUCUACUGAAUGACUUCACAAACCACAUAGAAGUGUAGCUCUAAAGAUGGCUCAAGAUUGAAUGUUCUGUGUUCAUUUUGCUUUGCAUUUCAUGUUCCUGUAUUGUGAAAAUGGAAAAAAAAACCUUGAAAAGGAAAUAUUCAUGAAAACAUCCCACAGAGAUUUAUUUGUAUGUUAAUUGUUAUUGUUUAUGUAUUUUGAUGUGGACUGUUAUACUGAAUGACCAUUUUGCACUUAUUUCUCUUUUGAUAUGCAAUUUAAUAAGAGUGAAUUAUACCAUGAUAGAACAGAGCAUAUUAAUGAUCUUCUGUAAAAUGAACAGACUUCAACAAACAAAUAUGACAUCAUCCAUCACAAGACUGUUGCGUAUAUUUCUGCUUUUGUGUUACAAAGCAAAAUACAUUUAUUUAUGUGAUAUGUGGUUUAUAUACUUGUAAGAUAGACUUAUUUUUUUAUUGUUUCUGUUGAAUGUUGUUGUUAUCCUAUGGUUGUGCUAUAGGUCAUGUUUAAAUCUCUUAACACUGCCAUUUUUGUAUGAGGAAGCUAUCAAUAAAGUGCUCCACAUGGUAACUGCCAA